GGAUUAUUCAAAGAAGUCGUUAUCUACUUAAUCCUCUCGAAAAUCCAGACACUAACAAACCAUAGCGUUUUAUCCUCUAAUAAUCUAACUCUAGAAGAACAUCACACAGGCCCUCCUCGAUCCAGACUCCGGAGUAAUGGAGUUGUCAGCUUCCAUCGCCCACGCCACGGCGCAGGCACGGCUGCUCCGGCCGACGGCCGAUUGUCGCCGGCUCGGGUCGCCCCCUCAAAAGCACAAUUUCGCUGCCUUUUCAGGAUAUAUGUCCUGUAGGAGCUUUGCUUUACUAAGUAAAGUGACGAAGGAGGUACCUUCAAUCAGCGUGAGCUUUCGACACACAUUUCUUCAACCGGUUGUUCGGGCUACACAGAAGAACAAACACGAUGUUACAUGCUACCAGAGACAAGGAUCUCCACAGAUUGAAGCCAAGUCAAUGGAGGAAGUCUAUGAUGCUUUGGCUGAGCACCUUCUUUCCGUGUUGAAGAAUGUUGAUCAUCUUGAUUCAAAUCUGAACAGAUACAUUGUUGGUCUAGCUGGCCCACCUGGUGCAGGCAAGUCUACUGUUGCCUCUGAAGUUGUCCGACGUGUCAAUGCGUGGUGGUCUCAGAAGCAUUCAAAAGACAGUUCACUAAAUUCAAAUGAAGACAUUGCAACAAUGCUUCCCAUGGACGGAUUCCACCUUUACCGUUCUCAGCUUGAUGCAAUGGAGGAUCCAAAAGAAGCACAUGCUAGAAGAGGAGCACCAUGGACAUUCAAUCCAUGUCUUUUUCUGAAAUGCCUACAGACCCUGAAGAAAGAGGGGUCAGUUUAUGCUCCAUCAUUUGAUCAUGGCGUUGGUGACCCAGUUGAAAAUGACAUAGUUGUAAAGCCAGAGCACAAAAUAGUGAUAGUCGAAGGAAAUUAUUUAUUACUGGAAGACAAUAUUUGGAGGGAGAUUAGAGACUUGUUUGAUGAGAAAUGGUUCAUUGACAUUGACAUUGAUGUAUCCAUGCAAAGAGUGCUCCAGAGACAUAUCGGCACAGGAAAAGAGCCAGAUGUAGCAGCAUGGCGGAUUGCAUACAAUGACCGGCCGAAUGCUGAGCUUAUCAUGGAGUCAAGAAAGGCUGCAGAUCUUGUAAUCAGAUCGGUGGACUUCUCAUCCUAGACUCCCAUGUUUCUGAUUUGGAUUUCCAGUAAUAAUAAGUUCUGAUGGCGGUCCUCUAUGCCAAAAGAUUCGACCCAUUUAACCAGUGUUCCUUUUUGUGAAGGGGGCAAAUAAGCAAAAAGUAAGUGAAAUCAUUGUUGCCAUUUUAGAAAAUUCCUGUAAAUGAUUUAAUAGUUUGAUCUUUUUCAUGACAAUGCAUAUAUUCUUAGCUAAACAAUA